UCUUCAUCCGGAAAACCACCAUGAAUCCUGCCAAAGAGCUAUUGAAUACGUCGUUGCUUCUCUCUCUACUUGUUUUCCGAUUUUGCAUUUCCCUCAACACCAUUUCGCCCAACGAGACCAUUAAAGACGGGGACAUCCUAGUUUCGAAAGGAGAAACUUUCGCCCUUGGGUUUUUCAGCCCGGGAAACUUUAGUAGCCGCCGCUACAUCGGAAUAUGGUAUAACAAAGUUUCUGAACAAACCGUUGUGUGGGUAGCAAACAGAGACAAACCUCUCAAUGAUACCUCCGGAGUCCUCUCCAUCAACAGCCAUGGAAACCUCGUGAUAAACUGCAAAAACCAAAGCACUCCUAUCUGGUCUACAAACGCUUCAGUCUCAUUCACGAACAAUUCUAUGGUGGCUCGGCUCUUAGAUUCUGGAAAUCUUGUUUUGGUUCUACGAGACAGCCAAAGCACUUAUACAUGGCAGAGCUUCGACUAUCCCACGAAUACUCUACUCGCGUCCAUGAAAUUUGGGCUGGACCGGCGGACCGGAUUGAAUCGGUACCUAACAUCUUGGAAGUCCAAAGAUGACCCGGGAACCGGCAACUGCUCAUAUCGGAUUGACCCAAAUGGGUACCCACAAUUGUUCAUAUACAAGGGUGGGACUCCCUUGUGGCGGGGUGGACCUUGGACCGGCCAAAGAUGGAGCGGUGUACCUGAAAUGACUCAGCAUUUUUUUUUCAAAGGUAGUUUUGUGAAUAAUCAAGAUGAGGUCACGUUUGUGUAUACUGUAACCGACCCUAAAAUUUUCACUAAAUCGGUGAUGAACGAAUUGGGAGUCGUUGCUCUGUCCACGUGGCACGAGAGUAGAUGGGUCGUGUUUUGGAAUGCUCCGAAAGAGUUGUGUGAUACAUAUCGAGAGUGCGGUCCAAAUGGUUAUUGCGACCCAUAUGAUCCCACCAAGUUCCAGUGCACAUGCUUACCCGGGUUUGAACCCAAAUCGACUAGUGAAUGGUACAGGAGAGAUGGGUCGGGCGGGUGCGUGAGGAGUCAAGGAGUAUCCGCUUGCCACAGUGGAGAAGGGUUUGUGAAGCUGCCACGUGUGAAGGUGCCGGAUACUUCUAAAGCACGUGUGGACAUGAGUUUGAGUUUGAAGGAAUGUGAGCAGGAGUGCUUGAGGAACUGUUCUUGUACGGCUUACACUAGUGCAGAUGAGACAAGGGGUGGGAUCGGGUGCUUGUCAUGGCACGGGGACUUGGUGGACAUCAGAACGUUUGCCAAUGGGGGACAAGAUUUGUUUGUACGUGUGGAUGCAGCUACAUUAGCUCAAUAUUCAAAGAAAAAUGGCCUUAUUCGGAACAAGAGGAUGCUGGCAAUUCUUGUGGUUUCUGUUGCUGUAACGUUGCUUCUUUUAGUCUCCAUUGUGUAUUGGCUGUUAACGAGGAAGAAAACAGAAAGCAGGGAAAGCGAAAAUCUGUUUAGUGUUACCUCAACUUCAACAUACCUUCAUGAAAGCAGUGAGUUUAAUGAGAGUACAAGAAAUUCAGAUUUGCCAUUCUUUGAUCUAAAUAUCAUAGUUGCAGCCACAGAUAAUUUAUCUGUUGCUAACAAGCUUGGAGAAGGUGGUUUUGGCCCAGUUUAUAAGGGUCUCUUAGAUAAUCAGAAGGAAAUUGCAGUAAAAAGACUAUCAAGGUAUUCCGGACAAGGAGUAGAAGAAUUCAAAAAUGAAGUUGGAAUAAUUGCUAAACUCCAACACAGGAACCUUGUGAGGAUUCUAGGUUAUUGCGUUCAAGGAGAAGAGAAGAUGUUAAUCUAUGAAUACUUGCCAAACAAAAGCCUGAACUUUUUCAUUUUUGACGAAACAAAAAGGUCAUUGUUAGAUUGGGGAAAACGCUUCGAGAUUAUUUGUGGAGUUGCUCGAGGGCUUUUAUAUCUUCAUCAAGACUCAAGAUUAAGAAUUAUUCACAGAGACUUAAAGGCCAGCAAUAUUCUACUUGACAAUGCAAUGAAUCCAAAAAUUGCUGAUUUUGGUAUGGCUAAAAUUGUUGGAGGGGACCAAAAUGAAGCAAAUACAAAUCGCAUCGUUGGAACAUAUGGAUAUAUGUCACCCGAGUAUGCAAUGCAAGGGCUAUUUUCAGUAAAGUCUGAUGUAUAUAGCUUUGGGGUUUUGAUGCUAGAGCUCAUAACUGGCAAAAAAAACAGUGCUUAUUAUCAUGAUGGUCCCUCCUCAAACUUGAUUGGGCUUGUUUGGGACCUAUGGAGAGAAGAUAAAGCCAUGGAAAUAGUUGAUUCAUCACUGGGUGAGGAAUAUGCUAGUGAAGUUUCAAGAUGUAUUCAAAUUGGUCUUUUAUGCGUGCAAGAACAUGCAAUUGAUAGACCGACCAUGGCAACAGUUGUUUUUAUGUUGGGUAAUGACACACAUAUUUCUUAUCCAAAACAACCUGCAUUUAUUCUGAAGAGCACUGACAAAAAUAAAGAUAGAUCAAUUAGUGGAGGUGCUAGUUCUAUAAAUGAAGUAACAAUUACUAUGAUUAAUGCUCGCUAACCACAUGUUAGGUUUAGUGCACCAAUUUGCUAUUAUAUGUAGCUGAAGCUUUGCUUCCUGUAAAUUAAUUGUACACUAAUAUAUGUAUAUUUCUCUUUUAUAGAUGAAUAUAAUAUAAAACCAUUGCCAAGAGAAUAUAAUUAAGUAUAAUACUACCACUCAUAAAAUAUGACAGAAAUGGAUCAUAAAAAGUUAAAAUAACAGUUAUACUUCUUUUUCUAAAUUACCAUCAUAUUUACAAUCCCCCAUUAAACUUUGGAACUUGGUGAUCACUCUAAUUCUAAGUUUGAAUUCAAAAGCUCCUAUCCAUUAAAAUCGAUCAUUUGUCAA